CGCAUCUUCAGCACCCAAACAGGACUGUUGACAUGAAGACAUUGGCAGACUCUCUUACGUGAUUGCCCGACAUUACUCACGUUCAUUGAGUAGGUGUCAGUGAGAGAUCUGUUUGAUGAAAUGAUAUCAUUGGAGUUAAGGAUGGCAGGUAACAUCAACAAAUAUCACCCGAUGGGAUGUUUAGUAGGUUUAUUUGUAGCCCUCCUUGUGUGCCCGUACGUUUGUACCGCUUGUACAUCGUGUCCACAAAACUGCACUUGUGUACCAAUGACAUUGCCUGAAAGAUGUACCUGUCCAGAAUAUGGGAUAAUUCCAGUCCACAUACUCCAGUAUAUUGUGCAUCUUGAGCUGAAUUACUCUCAACCAGUCGUUCUUAGAGCUGCUGCGGCUAUCCAGAAAUUUCAACAGCUAAAACAUUUGAAAAUAUCUGGCAUGCAGUCCGUUAAAAGUGGUGGAUUUAAGGGACUAGAAACGCUUCACAAAUUGGUUUUGUACGAUAAUUUUAUGCGUGUCCUGGAAACAUAUAUGUUCUCUAGUCUACAUAACUUGACAAAUCUUACGCUCGAAGGCACAGCUAAAAACAAGAUCCAUGCACUCGAAAAUGGGACAUUCUCUGGUUUGAAAAAUUUAAAGUAUCUUUCUUUGAAAGGCAAUGUCAUCACAGAAAUUUUUAAGGAAAGUUUCCUCGACCUGGAUCACCUGUAUGUCCUUGAUCUUUCCAGUAACAGAUUGACUCAAAUCAAAGCAGAUACUUUCAUCCAUGCACCAUUGUUGACGAAAAUAAAUAUGUCAAAAAAUCUGAUUACAGAAAUUCAUCGAUAUGCGUUUAAUGGUUUGAAGAGCUUGGUCACACUUGAUUUAGAGGGCAACAGAAUCAAAGGAAUGCCUCAACCUGUGUUCUCCCCUGGAUCUCUUAGGGGGUCUGAUGUUCAACACAAGAACAUUCAUCUUGAUAACAAUCUACUGCGAUGCGACUGUCAUCUGAAUUGGAUUUCAUCAUGGUUGGAUCGUGGUAAAAUAUGCGAAGGGCGUUGCCGCACGCCUAGUAAGUUAUUUAACCUAACCCUUGAACACGUUUACAAAGAUGGUCUUCCACAGUGCCAACCAAACAACACAAUUUGGUCAGUGGAGCAAGGACAGCAAUUGAAACUUACAUGUCCCUUUGCUGGUGCUUCCUGGGUGACUCCAGAUGGACGUAGCCUCCAGGAACAUGGUGAUUGUGAAGAUGCAUUUUGCUUGACCAACAGCGACUCAUUGGUUGUAUGGAAGACCACUCCUGAGCUAUCUGGUAAUUACACCUGUCGUUCUUCGGAUGGUACACAAGCGUUCGUAUACCCUGUUCAUGUAAAGGCGCUUACUGUGGCAAUGAUUGCUGGCAUCGUAGCUGGUGGGUUCGUGCUUAUGGUUAUAAUCAUUGUAGCUGGAUGUAAACUACGUAAAAAUGACAACAUUCGACUAAACUCGACUUCAGGAAACCCACCUCGAGGAAACUCGCAUCAAGGAAACCCAUCUGCAGAACAUGACACCUGUGUCGAUGGAGAUGAUCGUGAUCGUCUCCUGCAAGAAGUUAUGGACCGAGUUUCAUCGGCAAAACUAGCUAGAGCUGUUAAGUACGAAUCCAUAAUAUUUCAAAAAGAUUCGUUAAGCGACAUUAAAAAUAUUAAUAUAUUUAAUAGCAAAUCCACAUAAGAUGCAUGGGUAUAACAAUCAAUGCACAAUUAUUGUGAUUGUAUAUUUCAAGAGUGAAGGUUGCUAAGUGCAUUUCAUCAACAGGAUGUGAUGAAUAUUCCUAAUAGGAGAUGGAUUAUCAAACCUGAAAAAAACUGUGUGAGACCUUUACUAUUUUACCUCCCCCCUUUUAAUUAAAAAAAAAACAUACCUACCAUUUCCCUUUCCUCCUAUCCAUUAUUGUGUGAAGAGCGAGGCCAUACAGCGACCGAGCAGAGUGAUUCUUAACAAAGUAUAAACUUUUUUUAACGAAAGCCUAUAUGAUAAUAAUGACAAUAACUUUGAAACAUAUCUUUAAUCAAAUCUGUUCCAUAAAAUCCAUAUUGUCUGCUUUAUUGUUAAAUUUCAAAAUGGCAAUUCGUGAGCGGCCGAAUAAACCUGAUAUCGAUGCAAUUUAUUUGUUUUAUAACAACAUCUUAAAGGAUAAAUAUAUGGAGAUCAGGUCCCCUUAUAAUUGUCAAUAAUGAUGUGCAUUAUGGAGUAUGUAAUAACAUAGCUUUAAAUCGAAUUCAUGUGAGUCAUUUGGACUAUGAAGUUUCGGAAGUGAAAGAAGGUCAAAUUUAGAUCCUAUAUAUAAUCGAUUUGAUUUUGAUUUUGAUAGCCAUAGUGUAGUGUGUCAGUGCAAUUAUAUUCAUACAUGUGUUAUCUGAUGUUUAUCUAGAAUGAAUUACAUACGAUUUAAUAAUAUAUAGAUAAUUUUUUUAACUCGUUUUAAUUUUCUCAUCGUCUUUUACCAAAGUUACAAACUAAUUACAACAUAAUCAAUAUGAAAUAUUUACAUUGUAAUACUAAAAUAAAAUAAUCACAAAGGAUUGCCACAUAAGCUAAGCUUGAGGGCGUGGUAAGGAUUACGUUUUGAAUUGUCACUUCAAACAAUGACAUUAUAUUUUUAAAGAUGGCAGAUUUCACAUGUUGAUUAGUUACAAAGAGCUGAACAUCCAUAUUGAUGACAUAUAAAUGAUUUUAAUUUAUUAUUGACAUUGCAUGUAGAUAAUCAUUCAUUCAUCACAUUUAUUGCUACCUUUCGUAUAGUCUGAAGACACGAACCUUAUUUUGACAAUUUCCACAAUUUCCAUACAAAGCCUCGAGCAGAGCCUAUAUGUCCGUUUUUGUCAGUACAAGGCCUACUGUAGUUUCAUUUUGCAGACACUGUUACGUACAACGAAUGACAAGGGUGUGUGCCUGCAAACUAAGGAGACCGUGUAGUCUUUUGUUUGUUUGUUUAUUUAUUUAAAUACGGUGAUUAAAAGAGAUUUCAAUAGCUUGGCAUAGCUGUUUUCAGCAUGUCCGUACUCUCUUUAAAAAAAGAGUGAAUUUUCACUCUAUUUUCACUUUCUUGGG